GGUAUCGUGUCGUAAGGUGUUGGAUUUCGUAGCGUACAGCGUGCAACGCAUCUUCAUCGCACACAAUGCACCCCCAUCUCCUUCCUUAAUCCUCAUCGCAUAUCUUCAUUCCAUUCGCUUCCCUUUUAGUAACCGUCUUUAUUUCCAGAACUGCUACAAACAAAACGCUAUUCUUUCGAAUAAAUUUAACAUUUAAAGUUGAACACAGAAUAUUCAGACAUUUCAACUUCAAGUUUUCCCUCUUCUGAACAAAAUGGGAGUAGGAACUAGCACCUUUGUUACUAGAUGGAUCAACUUUCUCACCAUGCUUUUGGCCAUUGCUGUGAUAAUUUUUGGAGUAUGGAUGAGCACUCAUCAUGAUGGCUGCCGAAAGUCUCUCACUCUGCCUGUGAUAGGCCUCGGAGCAGUUAUUUUCUUAAUAUCUGUAGUUGGCUUUUUGGGUGCUCUGAAAAACAUCUCCAUAUUGUUAUGGGUUUAUCUGAUCGCACUGUUCUUUGUCUUGGUGGGAAUCCUGGUCUUCACAGUAUUGGUGUUCAUCGUGACUAAUAAUGGAUCAGGUCACAGUGUGACUGGCUUGAGGUACAAGGAGUAUCAACUUCAAGAUUUUAGUUCUUGGUUUCAUAAAGAGUUAAACAAUUCUCAUAACUGGGAGAGAUUGAAGGUUUGUCUAGUCAAAUCUGAUGACUGCAAUAACCUAUCCAAAAAAUACAAGACUCUUAAACAAUAUAAAUCAGCUAAAUUGACGCCAAUUGAGGCUGGCUGCUGUCGACCACCUUCCCAAUGUGGAUAUCCUGCUGUAAAUGCAUCCUACUAUGACUUGACAUUUCAUCCAGUAAGUCAAAACAAUGACUGCAAACGGUACAAAAAUUCUCGGGCCAUCAAAUGCUAUGAUUGUGACUCUUGCAAGGCUGGUGUGGCACAAUACAUGAAAACCGAGUGGAGAGUUGUUGCAAUAUUUAAUGUUGUUCUAUUCGUUGUCUUGUCGAUUAUAUACUUUGUGGGAUGCUGUGCAAGACGAAAUGCUGCCAGGAACCAUUCUAAAGCUUGAAGGCACCCAUCAUCAAAUGUUUUUGAAAUUAUUGAAGAGGAGAUCAAUGUGUGGGGGCUAACUGGAUUGUGGUUUAUGGGACCUCUAGGUGAUGAGUUGUGUAAUCUUUGUGAACAUCAUGACUUGAAUUGUUAAUAUCUUUAAUGUCAUUAUUUGAUUUGAUGUGAAUAGAAAAUCCAAAAUUAGCAAAC